AUGGCGGCCGGCGCCGGUUGCAGCGGGCGCAGGCUGCAGGGUCUGCAGCGUUGGAUUCGGCCAGACCCUCAGGACUUUGCCAAGGCGGAUGCGGGGCACCGUGGCAGGUCGCCGACAGAGGGCGAGUACUUUGACAUCAACGCAGCAGAUCCAACCGAUAUGCUGGAGAAUGUGUGCGUUUCCAGCCUGCUACACGCACCAGAUGGCGGCAUUGAGUCCCCGGCUGUGCGCCCGGGAAGCGCGGGCACUAGCUCGCAAACGGCAUCCGGCGAGCGCAGCGGCAUGCGCAGCGCAGGCUGA